AUAAAUCUUUGGCUCAACUCGACUUAGAACUAAGUGGAAUGAACGAGUCAAACAUCAUUACUUUGUUUGUUGUUCAAAUCGUGAGCAUUUGCUCGGCCAUAAGAACUAAUGAAGGCGCCUACACAAAAAUUGGUUCGAAAUAUUACUACAUUGAAAUGGAGAAGAAACUAAUGUGGUCCACGGCUUUAGAAAAGUGUCAAAUAUUAGGCGGGCAUCUGGCCCAUCUAGAAAGUGAAAAAGAGUUGGCUGCUAUUAGUGAGCAUUUGGACCAAGGGAAGUGGUACUGGGUGGAUAUUACCGAUGUGAAGAGCGAAGGUGAAUACGUUUCGUCAACAACAAACCGUCAAGCAAGUUUCUUCAGGUGGAUGGAUGGCGAUCCAAAUAAUAAGAACAAUAACGAACAUUGUGUACAUUUAAUUUAUUAUAAGUCAAAAUUUUUUAUGAAUGACCUUGCUUGCGAUAGUACGAUCUCAUAUAUCUGUGAAAUGGAUUAAAUCAUUAUCAAAUUGUAAUUAAACAGUAGAGUCUGUGUAACUCCAAAAUGAA